UUCAUUGUUGCUUCUUGUUUCUGAAAUUCUUUGCAGGUCUUUGAUUCUCUCCAGAUGAACUCCACUGAAGUGUUUGUUCUUACUUCAGCGCCAGCUAGUGACUUCCAAACUGAAGCCUCUCUUUCUCAAUUAACAGUACCAUUUCUUCGUACUUUAAGAAGUUCCAGUACAUGUUGCUUGCAGAGACCGCCUUGUCCUUACCUUGAACAACCAAAUCUUAUUUCUUCUCUCUCAGCACAAAUUCUGACCUAUUGCCAAAUCUUUAGAAUUCUUGCCCAGUUAUUUGUCUGCUAUUGUGAGUCCAUACACAUCGAUUCCACUACAAUCAAAGCGUUUUCACCUCUUCUCAAACUUGAUAAAUUUGUGUCCAUUACUCAGAAUGAAACUUUUGCAAGUGCAGCAAUCAAGAAAUUCGUUGAUCUUCAUUCUCCUUCAAAUUCCCUUUACUUAUAACUUGAAAUAAUAAAGUAUUUAAAAUUUG